GUGGCAUCGCCGAAACAGCCCAAAGAGAAAGAUGUGCAUGCCGAUGAACGCCUUGUAACAAUUACUGGCAAUGAUCCUCAGCAGUACAAAAACAGAGGUGCCAUUAUGUUGAUGAAGUGCGUCUGUGUACUGAAAUUGCUGUGCCAAGUAGACUGGUUGGAAGAAUUAUUGGGAAAGGUGGCCAGAAUGUAA